AUGUUGUUUACAUUAUUAGCCCUGCUCUCAGUGGCAACUUUCGGUUGCGCAUUGCACUUGCCGGUUGACCCAGAACUUCUAUUGAAAAAUGGAAACAAUCGAAUCAUUGGCGGAAAGGACACACCGAUAGAGGCAAUACCUUGGCAAGUGUUGCUGCUAAAACUAGGACGGCAUUACUGUGGUGGCGUCGUCUACAGCAAAAACAUCAUUAUAACAGCCGCCCACUGUGUUUGCGAUGACGAUGCCAAUAUUCUUGAUCCCAAGAUUUUUGAUGUGCGCGUUGGCAGUAGUACGUCUAACGAUGGCGGAUCGGUGAUUAAAGUUGCCAAAACAAUCGUACAUGAUCGUUUUACACUUAAUCCACACUUAAUGGAAUAUGACAUCGCACUAAUUUUGCUAAGUUCGCCCCUUGAAAUGGGUCCAACUGUCAAGGCCAUACCACUAGCAGAUUCAAUUCGUAAUGACGGAGCUUCAGCUAUAGUUUCUGGAUGGGGAUGGACGGAAACUGGAGAGGCUUCGCUCCAUUUGAAAAGUGUCUCUGUGAACAUUGUCAGUCGCGAAGAGUGCGCCAGGGCUUAUGGUUACAAAAGAAUUACACAAGUAACAAUCUGUGCUGCUGCCCCUGGAAAAGAUUCCUGUGGUGGUGAUUCUGGUGGCCCAUUGGUUUAUGAAGGUGAGCUUGUGGGCAUUGUUUCUUAUGGCUAUGGAUGCGCUGAACCGGGGUAUCCUGGUGUUUAUGCAAAUGUUGUGGAGCUUCGAAAAUGGAUUGAAAAGGAAGCCACAAAACUAGGCUCAACUUGA